ACCUAGAAAUAAUAGAUGAAGCUCAAGCUGAAACAUCGAAGUCUGUAGAACUAGAUGCAGAAAAAAUCCUUGGCCACAUUUGGAAGAUUUCUUUUUGUUCAAGCGUAGGAAAGGCAACAGCAUCAUCAUGCAGUGCAAGAUGUGCCUCCCAGCAGUGAAGUACCUGUCUGCUUUCAACAACUCCACUUCAAAUCUGCAGAAGCAUGUGUUGAGGAAACAUCCAUCGAAACAGUUGGCUUUUAGCCGAGCAAAGCCAGGGAAGCGAACCCACCAAGCAAAUCCACCAAGUCCAAGCAAGCAAACAAAUAUAAAAGAUGCCAUGACAGUGGGAGGCAACCGCCGUGUGCCACAAGGCAAGAUCGACAAGAUCAUCAUUAGGCUAAUAUGUGAGGGUCUUCAUACAUUUAGUUUGGUUGAACAACCUGCGUUCAAAGAACUUUUGACAACGCUAAAUCCACAAUGCAAGGUCAUUUCCAGGCCCACUGUCCGGACAAGAUUAGAGGCAUCUGCCAUUCAGAUGAAGAAGAAUGUCAUGUGCAGCAAGGCAGUGUUCAGUGAGAAAGGGGGCAACAGCAGACAUCCCUCUCAGGUCGACCAUGAGUGA